GCUUUCUACCGAUACUACCGGUAGCCAGUAUCCUUCAGCGAGCUAGCUAGCUAGCAGCCAACUACUGUACUACUGCACCGGUACCUUUUGGAACAAGGAGAGAGUAGUUGAGAGAGUUAUCUAAGAAUGGUGUAUCGAGUGGAUAGCAUCAUUGUCGAUUAUUGGAUGGGCCGAGGCAAAAAUAAUGGACCCAAAAAGCCCCGUGUUGUGGGAGUGUCCAAGGACGGACAGUUUGAAGAUGCCAAUGACAAUGACGACAACAAGAAUGCUUGUGGUCAGUUUGACGAUGCCAGUGACAAUAUGGAUAACAAUGGUACUGCAAAGGAGCCAGCACAGCCAUGUUGUGAUCCACCACUCGUGGCAGAGACGAACCAAAAGACGAUUGGUGGACAAUCAUCCACCUUUGGUACCAUUACUACUACUGCCACUACUGUUGUGGACGACGACUAUGAUUUGGAUGUGAAAUUCCAACAACAGCGAAAAGAGCUUUGCCAGAAAAAGGCCUACCAACGCUUGAUUGAUGGACCGAUUGUGAAGACUGUGGAAAAGGAACAACCAGAAGCGGUGGAAGAAAUACACGAAAACAAAGCUGGGAAUGCUGGAGAGGACAGCGACGACGACGAGGAGAAUGAGAAAUCACGGCGACAACAUCGCAUGGGGAAUACCAGCUCAGAUACUAUUCAACAUUCCAUCCAACAAGCUGCAAAAUUGACUGACGAUUGGGGGAGCAAUGCAAUUAUGGCUUGGGGGAAUACGGUCCGGGCGUCCUCCACUGCAACUACACUCACGUUGACCCUGAAGGGCAACUGUCUGGGUUUUGGAUUCCAACGAAAAAAUCAGAGUGCAAAUAAUGAAGACAAACGAAACAGCAACAGUAGCAGCAAGCCAGACAAAACUUCAACCACCACAACCACAACAGGGAGAACGAGCACAGCGGAAUCAGAUGAAACAUCAUCAGAAUCGGGUCAGCCACGGGCACCAGAGGGGCUCAAAGAACCAUUGGCAGCAAACGAGUCAAACUCCAAAAGCAGCAACAAUCAAAAGGGUGCACAGCAACAAUUGCAGCGCGACAGUGACGAAUUGCCCGGAAAGGAGUCAGCCCAAACAACUCAAAAUACAACAACACAAGAUCCAGCAACUACAACGUCGGAGACUACGCCUCAGGAGAACAUCACGGGGGAAUCUUUGGAACCUGCUCUCCCAGUUCCCCCUGAACCAGAGACUCUAGAAAAAGCUGCAUCCAAUCCUUCCAAGUCACAGCCGCCACCAAGUGCAGCCGAUCCGAAAGCGGUUCAGGUUGACGCGACAGCUAGCGAUAAGAUUGCACGCAACACCUGUGCGACCCUCAGUCGAGCAGGCUUGCCCGAGAAUGAUGCAUCCACCAACAAGAAUGAUGCCACCAAAAUGAUAGCGUCGAAUCAAAAUAAGGACAACAAAGGCGAUGGAGCCGCAACAUCCAUUGUGGAACCCACAUCGACGAAUGGUCCGACGGGUGUAUUGGACACGGAAGGUGCCAGGGGAGAGCUUUUGGAACGCAAAACUGGGGCUGGCACAAAUACGGAGGCUGGCACGUCCGCUGCGAUGGCAACGAAACCGGCCACAACAAGUGCCUCAUCAACCUCGACGUCAAAAGCCGAUUCGGCGGCAGCCCGAGAGAGAGCUCGACAAGAAAACAGCAGGCAUACAGCAGAAGAAGCAGCGAAAACUGCUGAGAGAAAGGCCACUCAAGAGACUAAAGCCAAAGCACGAAUUGAAAAAGAAGCUGCCAUGAAAAAGGCUGCCAAAGAAGCUACAGCACAAGCUGAAAAAGAAGAUGCUGAAAGAAAGGUGGCUGAGAGAAGGGCCAUUGAGGAUGCCAAGGCAAGAGCCAGUUCAGAAAAGGAAGCUGCUGAGAGAAGAGUUGCUCAAGAGGCCGAGGCAAAAGCCAGAGCCGUAAAGGAAGCUGCCAAUAGAAAGGCUGCGGAAGAGGCUGCAGCUAAGGCAAGAGCUGAAAGGGAAGCUGCUGACAGAAGGACUACCAAAGAGACCGAAGCAAAAAAGGAACUUGCCAAUAGAAAGGCUGCCGACGAGGCUGCAGCUAAGGCACGAGCUGAUAAGGAAGCUGCAGAGAGAAAGGUUGAAGAGGCCAAGGCAAAAGCCAGAUCGAAAAGGAAGCUGCUGAGAGAAGAGCUGCUCAAGAGGCCGAAGCAAAAGCCAGAGUCGUAA